CUAAGGGAGUUUCGAUUUGCCCAGACAAUGAUAUUUGCAAUUGAGGAAAUAAACAAUAAAAAGGAUCUCCUUCCCAAUAUUUCUAUCGGAUAUCGGAUUUAUGACAACUGUGCAUCGACAUUAUCCUCAAUGCGUGCAGCGAUGGCUCUGAUGAACGGCCAUGAGCUGACUUUGGGAAACGGCUGCUCUGGUCAGUCAGCAGUUCAUGCUAUUAUUGGAGAGUCUGAAUCUUCUUCUACCAUUGUCCUUUCUCGCACAACUGGACCGUUUCAAAUUCCAGUGAUAAGUCAUUCUGCCACCUGCGAGUGUUUGAGCAGUAGGAAGGAGCAUCCCGCUUUCUUUCGAACUAUUGUCAGUGAUCUCUAUCAAAGCCGUGCCCUUGCGCAGCUGGUCAAACACUUUGGCUGGACCUGGGUCGGAGCAGUCAACAGCGACAACGACUACGGCAACAAUGGGAUGGCCAUCUUCCUUUCUGCGGCCCAAGAGGAAGGAGUUUGCGUGGAGUACACGGAGAAAUUCGACAGAGCAGAGCCGGAGAAACUCCUGAAAGUGAUAGAGGUGAUAAAAAAGAGCACCGCUCGAGUGAUUGUUGGCUUUCUCGCCCAUGUGGAAAUGAAUAACCUGCUAGAGCAGCUGAGUCUCCACAACAUCACGGGACGGCAGUUCAUCGGCGUGGAGGCCUGGAUCACCGCGGACAGCCUUGUGACUCCCACCAGCUUCAGUGUGCUGGGAGGUGCUCUGGGCUUUGCAGUGCAAAAGGCCAAUAUCAGUGGCCUGGAGGAUUUUCUGGUUAGAGGUUUCUGGGAAACAGAAUUCCUGUGCAACGGGACAAACAGAGAAAGUGUUUUAAGAACCUGCAAAGAGAAUCCAGAUCUGUUUCAGCUUAAAGGUCAUGACGAUGACUUGGAGAAGUUGAGAUACCCCACUAACAUUUACAAAGCCAUCUAUGCAGUGGCUCAUUCUCUGCACAACAUAUUGAAGUGUUCAGACAAAAAAGGGUGUGAUAAGGCUCUGGAGAUCAAGCCAUGGGAGGUGGUGGAGGCACUAAAGCAGGUGAACUUCACCAUUAAGAGUGGAGAAAGAGUGUGGUUUGAUGAAACUGGAGCAGCUGUCAACAGAUAUGAGUUGGUGAACUGGCAGCGUGGAUCAGAUGGAUCCGUUCUGUUUAAACCCGUUGGUUACUAUGACGCCUCCCUGCCCUCUGACAAAGGGUUUUCUCUUAACACAGAGGCCAUUAUAUGGUCUGGAGGAGGUAAAGAGCUACCUGUGUCAGUCUGCAGUGAAAGCUGUGGUCCAGGAACCCAUAAAGUCCUUCAAAAAGGAAAGCAUGCGUGCUGCUUUGACUGUGUGCCGUGUCCAGUUGGAGAAUUUAGCAACACGACAGAUUCUAACGACUGCAAAAAGUGCCCUGAAGCAUAUUGGUCCAAUCAGAACAGAGAUGCAUGUUUACCCAAAAACAUUGAGUUUCUUUCUUUCACCGAGGUUAUGGGCAAAAUACUGGUGGUUUUUACUAUGUUUGGUUUGCUGCUAACUUUAAUAGUAGCCACACUGUUUUUAGUCAAUAAGGACACUCCACUGGUGAAGGCAAACAACUCUGAGCUCAGCUUCCUGUUGCUGUUCUCCUUGUCUCUGUGUUUCUUGUGUUCUUUAACCUUUAUCGGCCAGCCCACCGAGUGGUCCUGCAUGCUGCGGCACACAGCGUUUGGCAUCACCUUCGUCCUCUGCAUCUCUUGUAUUCUUGGGAAAACAAUCGUGGUCCUGAUGGCCUUUAAAGCUACACUUCCAGGCAGCAACGUGAUGAAAUGGUUUGGGCCUGCACAGCAGAGACUCACUGUUUUGUUUUUCACUUUUAUACAGGUCAUAAUUUGCAUCCUGUGGUUAACAAUAAAAUCGCCCUUUCCUUACAAAAAUAUGCAUUAUUAUAAGGAGAAGAUAAUCCUCGAGUGCGCUCUGGGAUCACCUGUUGGCUUUUGGGCUGUGUUGGGAUACGUUGGAUUCCUUGCCUUGCUGUGUUUUGUCCUUGCUUUCUUAGCCAGAAAGUUGCCAGAUACCUUCAAUGAGGCCAAACACAUCACCUUCAGUAUGUUAAUUUUCUGUGCCGUCUGGAUCACCUUCAUCCCAGCUUAUGUCAGCUCUCCUGGAAAUCUCACCGUAGCUGUGGAGAUAUUUGCUAUUCUAGCAUCAAGUUAUGGGAUACUGUUUUGUAUAUUUGCACCGAAAUGCUUUAUUCUAGUUGUGAGGCCUGAGCUGAACACAAAGAAACACCUGCUGGGAAAAACACAACACUAGUUAGU